UGGAAAACGACCGAAAGCUAAAAGGACAGCUCCCGCGCUCCCCGAGGCCUUUCCCCAUACGCAGUUCCGGUCACGUGGCGGCGCGGCCCGGCCCGCAGCUCCCAGAAGCCCGCGCGCGCCGCCGGCGGUUCGGCUGCUUCCUCUUGGGCGACCGGCGCGGCCAUGGAGAGCCAACCGCCCCCGGUGGAGGAGCGGCGGCGGCUGCGGGAGGAACUGAACGAGUUCGUGGAGAGCUGCUGCCGUACGCUGGAGGAGGUGACGGCGUCCCUGGGCUGGAGCCUGGAUCGGCUGGACCCGGGAGAGCAGGUGGCGGAGGAGGGUAAAGUUGUGAUAUGCCCUUAUGAUUCCAAUCAUCAUAUGCCCAAAUCAUCUUUAGCAAAGCACAUGGUAUCUUGCAGACUGAGGAAACUGGGCUAUACCAAAGAAGAAGAGGAUAAAAUGUAUAAUUCUGAAUUUUUCUAUGAGAAUAUGAAGAUACCUUCGAUUACUUUGAAUAAGGACUCACAAUUCCAGAUAAUUAAACAAGCUAGAACUGCAGUUGGAAAAGAUGGUGAUUGUUAUAAUCAAAGGAUUUAUUCUUCAUUGCCUGUUGAAGUUCCUCUGAAUCACAAACGGUUUGUUUGUGAUCUAACCCAAGCUGAUCGUCUCGCCCUCUAUGAUUUUGUAAUCGAGGAAACAAAGAAAAAGCUCUCUGAUACUCAGAUUAUUGAAAAUGACAGUGAUCUCUUUGUAGACUUGGCUGCCAAAGUCAAUCAAGAUAAUAGUCGGAAAAGUCCAAAAUCUUACCUUGAAAUCCUGGCAGAAGUGAGAGAUUAUAAAAGAAGACGCCAGUCCUACAGAGCUAAGAAUGUUCACAUAACCAAGAAGUCAUAUACUGAGGUGAUUCGGGAUGUGAUAAAUGUGCACAUGGAGGAACUCAGUAGUCAAUGGCAAGAAGAGCUGGAAAAAGCAGAGGAUGAUGCCAAAAAGAAUGAAGAAAGACGAUCAGCUUCAGUAGAUUCCCGACAGUCUGGUGAAAGCUAUUUGGAUGCUGAGUGUUCACGACAUAGAAGAGAUCGGAGCAGGAGCCCACAUAGACGAAAAAGAAAUAAAGAUAAGGAUAAAAACUGGGACUCAAGAAGAAAGAAAGAGAGGGAUGGGGAAAGACAUCAUAGUCAUAAAAGAAGAAAGCAAAAAGUAUAAAAGUAUUUAUGCAUGUAAUAAUUAUGCUUAUGCCAUGGUAACCAAGAUACCACUGUUUUAAUUAAUUGAUUUGAGUAGGAGAAUGUGUUUAUAUGACUUGUUUUAAUGCUCAGAUCAUUAUUUUUCAACAAUUAGUUCUCAAAGCAUGAGUAUACUGUUAUGCCGUAUAGCCUUGUUUUCCUUUUGUGUUAAUAAAUGAUUGUUUCCUGUUA